AAGGAGCGCGCUCACGUGGAGGUGUGAUCAAAGGAGAGACCGAAUGAAGACGAAGACAUUGAUAGAAAAUGUUAUUUUUACCUGAUUUUACAGCACUGUUUCGCUUCGUUACUUAUAUCCUAACCAGGAACACAUGGGAUGGAAAACCUUGACAGGACUCUGCUCCGUCUGGACUGUAGUAAAAACUCUCAAGAGAGAAUGAAGUAACCGCUAUGGAGCCGGAUAAUGCCCCGAACUCCAAACUCGAAACGACUGGAGUCCGGGGGAGAAUUCUGAUUCUUUGGACGAUAAUCUGUUGCACCUGCUCUCCAAGGCUUGCACAGGCACAAGAUGUGGAUGUUCUGCAGCAGCUUGGGCUGUCUGGGCGAAGAGCAAGUGGGUCGUUUUCAUCAGGCAAUCGACUUGUCCCAGUCGGCAUCAUCCCCUUCAAGUCUGGAGUUAUACUCACCCAGAGGGCACGUGUCCAUGUGCCUCUACGUACUGUUAUCCCUGCUGACUACAACACCACUGCCCUCUCCCUGAUUCUGAGCCUUUCUGUUCAUCGCAUCAACAGCGCUUUUGUUUUCUCAAUUCUUUCUAAGAAGAAGAAAGUGCAGUUAGGAGUGCAGUUCAUCCCAGACAAGGUUGUGGUACAUGUGGGUCAAAGGAGCUCUGUGAGCUUUGACUAUGACGUCCAUGAUGGGCAGUGGCAUAAUUUUGCUCUGGACAUACACUCCCACCGGGUGUUCUUAUAUGCUUCUUGUGGAAAUAAAAGUCUACAUGCAGAUUUGCGUUCCACAAAAGAGGAACUCCUGGAUCCUGAGGGUUCUUUCUUGUUGGGAAAAAUGAACCACAACUCUGUGCCAUUUGAAGGUGCCAUUUGCCAGUUUGACAUUCAUCCCUCUGCCAAGGCAGCUCAUAACUAUUGUGAUUAUAUUAAAAAACAUUGCAGAGAAGCCGACACGUAUCGGCCUGUCUUUCCACCACUGCUGCCUCUGCUUUCUGUAGAUCCAAACAUUACUACAACUUAUAUGACUCCACGGUUCUCCACACAACUACCCAAAAAGGCCCAUAAACCUACUUUGGUCUUGACUGUGCAAACUGUCAGUCCUGGUUUUCUUGCGACUGACGGCACACUCAUGCUGAACAAAAGUUUCUAUCACACUUCGAGUACUCCAAAACCAGCGAUUGUAUCUGUUUCGCCGCCUGCUGGUUCAGAGUUGACACGUCCACUUAAAUUUCCUACUCCGACUUUUGCUACAACUUUUAGGAUAAGUGUGACAACGAAAAGCCCCAGUCUAUUUUUGCAUGGCACCGUGAGACAAGGAGAUGCAAACUCUCAGAAAGUUGAGACGGGCAUGGCUUUGACUGUUUCCACCAGGCCAUUAAAGAUGCAACCAAAACUGCUGACCACAAUGUUUUCUACACCAAUGUCUUCCUCUGAUGCUUACUUGUCAAAUAAAAAACUAUUUAUGACAGUAACACCAAAGAAACCUGAGCCAAAAGUAACCACUAUGCAGGAUGUCAAACCCACCUCGACUGCAUCAGUCACUCCAGUUGCAGCUGAUGGUUUCCAAACAUUUGACCUUGAACCAACCCACUUCUCACUGUUGGCUGGACCACCUGGAUUAAAGGGAGAACCUGGACUGCCGGGCCUUCGAGGACUUCAAGGGCUUCCAGGAAAGGCUGGGAUGAGGGGGCUACAGGGUCCUCCUGGCCCACCUGGAAACCCUGGUCAACCUGGACCUUCUGGAUUGAAGGGAGAAAAAGGAGAUCCUGGACUGUCACCUGGUCAAGCCCCCAGAGGACAAAAAGGAGAACAUGGUGACAUGGGGCCUCCUGGACUGUUUGGCCACCAUGGACGGAAGGGACAGAAAGGCCAUCCAGGUCUCGCCGGUUUUCCAGGUGCACCUGGUCAAUGGGGAGAUGACGGAAGCAUUGGGGCCAAAGGCUAUCGUGGCAGGCAGGGUUUACCAGGGCCAGUAGGGGCAACGGGGCCAAAGGGAGUCAGGGGUCACAUUGGGAUACCUGGGCUUUUUGGUCUUCCUGGUCCUGAUGGCGAGAGAGGAAUUCCAGGAAUGCAUGGGAAGAAGGGCAAGAUGGGUAGGCCGGGAUUUCCUGGUGACUUUGGAGAAAGGGGACCUCCUGGCCCUGAUGGCAGUCCAGGUGAACUAGGUGCUCCUGGUCCACAUGGAGUUCCUGGUCUUAUUGGAGACAUGGGUCCUUUUGGCGUGAUGGGAUUACCAGGUCCACCAGGACUCAAGGGAGUACCAGGAAAUCCAGGAGAAGCUGGACUGAAAGGUGAUAAGGGGGAUGAUGGUUUAUCAGGAGAGCCAGGGGAGUCUGGAUUCAAAGGUGACAAGGGUAUCCAGGGCUCUCCUGGUGUACCAGGUCCAUGUGGAAAACCUGGGUCACAGGGUAAACCUGGCGAGAAGGGUCCUGAUGGUUUACCUGGCCCUCCUGGUCUAGAGGGCUAUCCAGGUGAUAUUGGUGCUCCAGGUCAAAAUGGCCCUGGAGGAUUAAAGGGAAAACAAGGGAUAAGAGGAGCACCUGGCCCCAGGGGACUACCGGGACCUCAGGGUGACGAGGGACUUGUUGGUCCAGCUGGACUUGCUGGACCUGAGGGUAGGCCUGGGAUGCAGGGAUUUCCUGGGUUGACAGGCCCAUAUGGACUCAAGGGUGAGAGCGGGAUAACUGGUGAGGUCGGAAAGCUUGGCGAGAGGGGGCUGCCUGGUUUCAUUGGGCCUGUUGGAGAGAUGGGAAUGACUGGCGAAAAGGGAGAUCGAGGGGAAACGGGUGUCCCGGGUCCACCAGGGGAACAGGGGCCGAUGGGUCACCCUGGAGUACCUGGAGUCAUAGGGCCACCCGGACUACAGGGGAACCCAGGGCAUCCAGGCUCAAGGGGAUUCACCGGCGUAAGAGGACCUAAAGGCAGAAUGGGUUUGAAGGGUGUCGACGGACCAGUGGGGCAGAAAGGAUCGACUGGCUUAAAGGGCCCUGAUGGUUCACCAGGAAAAUUUGGCCUCCCUGGAGAAUUGGGCAGCUUUGGAGAGUCAGGUGAACCCGGUCUGAAAGGGUUUCCAGGUGUUCAUGGAUCGUCUGGACCUCCAGGAGACAAAGGACUUGUUGGAGAACCUGGACCAGCAGGGCCACCAGGAACUAUUGGGCCGCUGGGAGAGAUUGGCCCAAUGGGGCCACCAGGAAAGGAUGGAGAGACAGGACUGCCUGGUGAGCCUGGAGAGAAGGGUAACAUUGGUCCACAUGGCCUCACCGGGGAGCAGGGUUUGAUUGGCCAGAGAGGUGAACCAGGCAUUGUUGGGGAGGCUGGACCAAGUGGACCCGAUGGAGCCAAGGGUGAAAAGGGGGAUGCUGGACCAGAGGGUGAAAAAGGCGAUAGAGGUUCAGUUGGACUGAAAGGAAAGGAAGGACCACCUGGGCCUCAUGGACUGGUGGGUGUAAGGGGUCAGGAGGGUAAACCUGGCAUCCUUGGUGAAAGAGGAAAACCAGGAGAAAAGGGGAGUAAAGGUCACCAAGGUCAUCUUGGUGAAACUGGACCAAUGGGUGAGCAGGGGGAGCCAGGAUUUGUUGGACCGAAGGGAACAAGAGGAACUAUUGGUCUAGUGGGUGCUCUGGGGAGAAUAGGCCAACAAGGGGAUCAAGGCAUGGCUGGUUAUGAGGGUCACCCAGGACCACAGGGCCCACUUGGGCCUCCAGGACCAAAAGGUGAAAAGGGUGAGCAGGGGGAGGACAGCAAAGUUGAAGGUCCUCCAGGUUCCCAAGGUGACAGAGGUCCUGUAGGAGAUAGAGGAGAGAGGGGAGAGCCAGGUGACCCAGGAUAUACUGGUCAAACAGGUGUUGAUGGGAAGAUUGGUGGAGCUGGAGCCCCAGGACCCCCUGGACACCCUGGGCCAAAGGGACAACAAGGGCCCAAAGGAUCCAAAGGUGACCAAGGACAGAAGGGAAAAUCAGGGGACACAGGUGUUUCUGGGACAAAAGGACCUCCAGGUCCAGAAGGCCCUCCCGGACCACAGGGCUUUGGGGGGACAGAGGGACUUGAAGGUCAACCUGGAUUGGAUGGGCCACCUGGUAAAGAUGGAAGCAAAGGUGUCAAAGGGGAGCAAGGAGAUGAUGGAGAAUUGGGGUUGCCUGGAAAAUCUGGACAACAGGGAAAAACUGGUGUCACAGGACUUCCUGGAAGCCAAGGUUCUUUUGGACCAAAGGGUGAGCGUGGUCUCCAAGGCCAAAGUGGGACUACAGGGAAGAGAGGCUCCACUGGUGGGUGGGGAUUCCCUGGAAAACAAGGAGAUCAAGGACCCCAAGGACAGCCUGGCGACACUGGUGAACAAGGAUUUCCAGGAGAGCUGGGUGUGCCUGGACCAAAGGGACCCCUGGGAGACAUAGGUCCAGCAGGGAUCCAAGGGCCAAAAGGACCUCGCGGUAUAAUGGGUAUUGAGGGAGUUUUGGGCCCGGUAGGCAUCAUUGGCCCCAGCGGCCAUCCUGGACCCCAAGGUGACAGAGGGAGUCGUGGGGAGACGGGUUUGCCAGGACCAAGAGGAUCUCCUGGCCCUCGUGGUCCAGCUGGACUGCCAGGUUCCCCCAGUUCUUACCUUUCACUUAAAAACGAGGCUCUUGGGGUUGCCUUUCAAGUUCUUAUUUAUUCCCAUGCUACACCAAGGCAAGAGCUGAACUCUCAGAGCAUGGACUUGCUCAUGUUGGACCAGAAUAUCGGGAUCUUCGAGACUUUGCAGCAUCUCAGCAAUUUGCUCCAGAGUCUAAAGAACCCACUGGGGACUCGUGAUAAUCCUGCACGAAUCUGUCAAGACCUUUACAGCUGUGAGCAGAGGAUGAAUGACGGUACCUACUGGAUCGACCCAAACCUUGGCUGCAGAGCCGAUACCAUUGAGGUGACGUGCAACUUCACUGGUAGAGGACGGACUUGCCUGAAGCCUGUCACUGUUUCCAAGUUGGACAUAGGAGUCGGUCGCAUUCAAAUGAACUUCAUUCAUCUUUUAAGCACUGAGGCCGUGCAAAACAUCACCAUCCACUGCCUCAACAUGUCUGUGUGGGCAGCAGGACCCUCCCUGCAACCUACACCCAACGCUGUGAGAUUUAAAGCCUGGAGUGGGGAGACCAUCCAAGCAGGAGACCUCAUGGAACCACUUAUUCACAUAGAUGACUGUUGGAUCAAAGAUGGCCAUUGGCAUCAAACCCAGUUUGUCUUCCAGACCCAGGACCCAAAUUUACUCCCGAUUGUGGAUGUAUACAAUUUAACAACCGCAGAACCUGGCUCAAGCUUUCGCCUUGAGGUUGGACCAGUGUGCUUUUUAUAGGGCUAUGCUCCUCAAAGGAGUGAUGUCAUAUGGAAGAUGGACAGUGGAGUCUUGGGCAGGUUUUCCAGAAAGCCUUCCCUCGCUGCAAAAAUAUGCGUGGACUCCAGAAUCAGGAGGGUGCGCCAGAGAGGCUGUUGAAAAACCAGAGAUAGCGACUUCUGGUGCUCAUCAACUUAUGGAAGAAACAAACAAAAGCUUAAUGUUCAGAAAUUUAGGAAAUCAACCAGGCAGUGACUAGAUCUUUUUGGUAUUAGGCCUCUUCAGAGGAUCCUUGGGUACAGCUGAAAUGUGUAUCUAAUAAAACAGUUACUCUGUGAGACUCAGAUGAGUAUCACUUGCAUUAUGAGGGAACAUUAGCUACAACAUUUCGGCCAUGUGGUGCAUUUCUCUGUGUCUGAUCUGGCACAGAGGUACCUCGUUGAGGACCCCAGUGACUGCAGAAGGCCAUGACCACAUUUCAGCUAGCUGCAAAAGAUGAGUUACUUCUGAGAGGUGGGGUUGGUCCAGUUGUCGGCCAGUGGUUGCCAUCCAGGACCCAAACCUGUUCCAGAGUGUGGUGGAUGCCGCAACGCAUGCGAAGCAUCAGCGGAUGGUCCCAGACUGGACCUGCCCUGAGACCUGAAUCAGCAGAAAGAAAGCCAAUCGAGUGACUUGUUUCCAUUCUCUCUCAGACCAAGUUGUACCAUAUUCCAUUCACAGGCUGAUGGUCUGUUUUGGCAGAAUAGAUGUGUACAGAAAUAUUGGACAGCAACAGCUGCAACUGCAGCAAAUUUAUUUUUAAAUAUUAUUUAUACAUGUAUAUGUACUGUAUACUGUAAUAUAAAGUGCAAUAGUCACUGUCCCACAGCCGACAGGUAUAUACAACAUCAUGAUAUUCAGGUCUAGAGUGUGGCUCGGACACACAGUACUGUCUCCGGGUAAGCCUUUUUGAGCCUCAGAUAAUUGUCGAGGGCUGACGCCCGACAUUUCAAACACAUCCAACUACCUGCUGUGCGCUCCAGCACAGGUCUAAACCAAGCUAAGGUUUCACAGCAUGUCAGGAUGCUACCUCGUACUGCGCCUCUCAUCCCGUCACAAAAAUGAUGCGAGCUGACACAACUGGGGAUGAGACUAAGGUGACUCGUGGUGCUUCAAUGGGUGACGCUUGUCAGUUGACAGCAAAGCCGUCUGUACUUUACUUCAAAGGGAAUCCUGUGUUGUACACACAGGCCAAAGUUUGGUAGUUUAUAUUCUUUGUGACAAUGUAUAUGUUUAUAGGAAUAUGCUCUUAUUACAAAUAGAAGAUACUAUUUAAUUCUAAUUUAAAUUCAGUUUAGAUUCAAAAACAGACAUGAAGUUCCUGUUUUAGCACAUUUUUGGUCAUAUGGUGCUUUGACUUUUGAAGACUUUUUAAUAAUUAAACUGUCCUGAUCAUCUGUA